AUGUUUUCCAGAGCUGUUUUUAGAAGUGUUCGUCUGAACAGAAGUUUGCUAGCUGUUCCUGCGCAAAAUGGUGUUAGAGCCAUGCCAAAGUUGGCUCAAUUUCAAUCCAUAAGAAAAUACUCGGACCACCACGAAGAAGAGACUUUCGAGGAGUUUACCACGAGAUACGAACAAGAAUUCGAACAGGCCUACGACUUGUUCGAGGUGCAGAGAGUCUUGAACAACUGUUUCUCGUAUGACUUGGUGCCAGCGCCUGUUGUGGUGGAAAAGGCACUCAGGGCUGCCAGAAGGGUCAAUGACUUGCCAACGGCCAUCCGUGUCUUCGAAGCCCUUAAAUACAAGGUCGAAAACGAAGAACAGUACAACGCCUAUUUGGAAGAAUUGAAGGAUGUCAGAGCCGAGCUCGGCAUUCCUCUAAAGGAAGAGCUAUUCUCCAACUAA